AUGGUUAUUCACAAAGAGAUGCAUUCAUCUCUCAAGGAUAGGAUGCGGGAUGUGUCAUUAGGACUGGAUCUCUUGCAUAAGUCUGGUAGAGUUCAUGGAGAUUUGAGGCCUGAAAAUGUGUUGAUUGUUGACGACGAUGACCGUCUAUCUACGAAGCUCUCUGAUGCUGGGAUUACCACAUUCGUUCACGGACAUCAAGCUUGCCUGGGAAAUCUUGCCCCUGCUCGUGCAACCUAUGGAUGGCAAGCACGCGAACAAUUACUUGGUGAGAGCCCAACAAGGAAAACAGACAUGUUCUCUUUCGGUUGUCUUUCAUUGUUUUGUGCCAAUGGUGGACAACAUCCAUAUGGUGACUUUGGAGAACGUGACGAGAAUAUUAAGGAAGAUAUUAAGAAAGAUUGCAACAAUGCCAUACUUGUUGUUCGUGUAGUUGAUUUGUUUGAGCAUGUUGGGCUGCCAACUUUAUCGGAAGUGCUAAUUCAUCCAGCUUUUUGGGGUCCAGAUAAGAGGAUGAGCUUUUUGUGUGAAUUCUCCGCUACCGUAGAUCAGUUAAAGAGAGAUGAUCCAAAAAGCAUAAUUCUUACAACAUUGUAUGGCAAGAAGCACAAGAACUUUGAUUCGACGUGGAACGAGGACAUAGGGGAUCGUUAUUUGGCUAUCCUAGUAGAUGGAAAUGCCAACUAUGAUUAUAGUCAUGUCGAGGACUUAUUGCGAAUGAUGGGGAACGCGUGGGUUGACAAGUUGGAAGUUUCAACAGCCCUGAAGGUACUGGAAUGUGAUGAUUUGUGGACCUACUGA